AUGGUGGGCACUUGUAUCUCAGGAGUCCAGUCGUUGCCUCCGGGUGCUGUCUGGAUACCCAGGAAACCUAUUCAGUGGGCCUAUCGCUAUGCUGACAGCGUUACUGGCGAUAAUUUGAUAGUUGAUACUUAUGGUCGUCUUCGUUCAGAGGAGACGGUUCCUGAAAGCCAGAAGCAUUAUCCGAUUAUUCGAAUAGAACUUGAGGACAACCCAAAAGACGUUAAACCCUCUGAAGAUAUCUUCAUACCUGUGAAACGCCCAAGCAAGAGCUAUAAAUUUGAUAUGAAUCCUCCCCCGUUACCCCUGAACCCCGCAAGAGUGGAAUUGAGGAGAUCUGAUGAACUUCCUGCUUCUGGACUGGCCGCUCCCUUGUUGAUGUCCGAAGUGUUACGGCAGACUAAAUGGGAACAAACAAGGCCGAAAACUAAUGCAAAGGAUGAAAUUGUUAUUCUUCUUUUGGAUAAGUAUAAGAAAAAGAAACCAAAACCGAGAUAUGACCCAUUGAGGCACUCGACACCUCACUUUAUUGACGAAUAUAAUAGCCUGUUCAAACAUACCUUUGAAGAUGACCUUGAAUUUUUGGUCAAGGAGGCUACCUUCUGUUUUGACUGCAAAAGCCAUGAUGAGGAGAUGGCGCUAGAUCGGAUCAUUCGAACUGAGAAGAAAGCUUCAACGUUACUAAGGAAGUUGAAUAUGUCACCUGCCAAUGACCAUACCCUCAAAAUGAAUGUAAGGAACCCCUUCAACAUUCCAAUUGAAUCUAUGGAGUUAAAUGUACGCCUUGGAGCUUUCUAUACCAAGGCAGAUCUCUAUCCAGAAUAUUGCAAGACAAUUGAGAGAUCAGAACGGCUUGCAAAAGAACUGAAACAGCUCUGGAAGCAAUUGGACGAGGGAUCAAUAAAGCUCAAUGAAGAAAAUGGAGAGAAAAUAUUGGAUAAGCGUGGUGCUUCUAUUAAAGGCCUUACCAAAGCGGUCGAGCUUGGGCUGGAAAUAAUGGCGAACCUUUUCAUAGCGAAUAUCCGAAUCAUUGAGAAUAAAGCCCAUUUCAUUGGAGUUAAGUCCAAAAGGAUUUACCCAAUUGCCUCUGAAGCUGGUCUCUCCCCACUGGUGGUGAAGAGACUUGACAGGGAAAAGAUUUGUCUGUUGAUUGAGCUGAAGCUCUCAAGCGAGCCUUUCUUGAUGGAUGGAUUCGAUGGUGGCUUUGAAUUUACGCCUGACCACCGUGUGUUUAAAUAA